CCUUAUCGUUACAUAGUAUUUCUUAUCGAGAAUUUUUGAAUUUCAAAUUCAAAGCGACGACGUGCAAGUUGCAAAAGCAAAAGCCAAAGAAAAAAAGAGAAAAAAAAAACUUCGAGUAUGCGGAAGGCUUGGAGACCUAGGGGCUUAAGCCGGCCUCAUAGCGUAAUCCGGGCACGACCGUUACCUUCAUUAGGUCUUCACCGGAAUAGCUUCGCCACUGUCGCUCAAGACGUGAGGCCUUUUGAUGUUGUGGUAGUAGGUGGUGGUCAUGCUGGGACAGAAGCAUGCGCGGCAGCUGCACGGAGCGGCGCUCGAACGGCUCUGGUCACGCCUAAGCUUGACAAUCUUGGCGUCUGUUCGUGUAAUCCCAGUUUUGGCGGAAUCGGAAAGGGGACAAUAAUACGCGAGAUCGACGCGCUGGAUGGCGUUUCUGGACGUAUCAUCGAUAAAGCUGGUGUCCAGUUCAAGGUCCUCAACCGGAAAAAAGGCCCGGCUGUGUGGGGACCGCGAGCCCAGAUCGACCGUGCGCUGUAUAAGAAACACAUGCGCGAGGAGCUCCAGUCGUAUCCGAACUUGUCUAUAAUAACAGGUAGCGUGUCAGAUAUCGUUUUAGGCGAGAAUGCAGAUCCUACCAGCGGUUCGCCCAAGAGCAAAAUUACUGGCGUACGUCUCGAGACGGGCGAGGUAUUACCCACCAGUGCCGUCGUCAUUACCACCGGAACGUUCCUGGGCGGCGAGAUACAUAUCGGCUUAGACGUAUUCCCGUCUGGGCGGAUGGGCGAAAAGGCUACCUUUGGCCUUAGCAAAUCCCUGAGAGAUGCCGGUUUCAAGCUUGGUAGAUUAAAAACCGGCACCCCUCCCCGAUUACAUAAAGGAAGUAUCAACUUCGAUAUCCUAGAUAUACAGCGAGGAGACGAACCUCCGGAACCUUUUAGCUACCUCGAUGAUAGGGUGUCGGUGCAGGACCAACUUUUCUGCUGGGCUACUUAUACGAAUGACAAAUCGCAUGACAUUGCUCGCGCUAACCUGGACAAGACGGUGCAUAUCCGCGAGACGGUGAGGGGACCACGUUAUUGCCCGUCGUUGGAGUCUAAAGUCAUCAAAUUCGGUCAUAAGGAGAGACACAUCGUCUGGUUGGAACCAGAGGGAUUCGAUAACGAUACUAUCUACCCGAAUGGCUUGUCUAUGACUAUCCCUGCCGAGGCACAGGAGCAACUACUACGCACGAUCCGCGGACUCGAAAACGUACAAAUGACUCAGGCUGGCUACGGCGUCGAAUAUGACUAUGUAGACCCGCGUGGUCUCAGGUCCACCCUCGAAACUAAGGCUAUCUCAGGUCUUUUCCUUGCGGGUCAAAUCAACGGCACCACGGGCUACGAGGAGGCGGCUGGUCAGGGCAUUAUUGCCGGCAUCAAUGCGGGACGCACGGCUCAGGGGUUAGAGCCAGUCUCAAUCACACGCGCCGACGGGUAUAUCGGCAUCAUGAUUGAUGAUCUGAUUACCAAGGGUGUGUCGGAGCCGUAUCGCAUGUUCACAAGCCGCAGCGAGUACCGCAUGAGCACGCGCGCCGACAACGCCGAUCUUCGACUCACAGCCAAGGGCCGAGAGUGGGGCGUCGUAUCGGACGCCCGUUGGUCACGGCACACGGACGAAAAAGCGCAGAUCGACGAGCUAACCCGAGCUCUGGAGCAGUACGCUCUGAACGCGCCGGCCUGGAUCGCCGCCGGCUUUUCCAACCGCAACGACAGCAGGAAGCGCAACGCGCUGGAGAUCCUACGGCUUCCGGGCGUUGCCAUCGGGGACCUCGCGCCGCGGAUCCCGGAGAUCCUAAAGCACAGCGAGCGCGUGCGCACGCGCGUCGAGAUCGAGGCUCGGUACGCGCCCUACGUCUAUCUGCAAGCGUCGGAGCGCGCGGCGUUCCUGCGCGACGAAGGCUUGCGGCUGCCGGCGGAUCUGGAUUACAAUGCCAUCGCGGGGCUGAGCACGCACGAGAAGGCAGCGCUGAACGAGGCAAAGCCCGAGAGUAUCGGCCAAGCUAGGCGGAUUGAGGGGGUGACCCCCGCCGGAUGCGUGCGGCUGCUGUCUUAUGCGCAGAAGAGAAGGGAGAUUUCAAGCAGCGGUGUGAACUUCGGUGUAGCUGCCGCGGAUGAGGGCGUGGUAGAGGCGGCGGUGGCUGAUAUGGCGCCGCUUGGGGGCGAAGUAGAUAGCCUGGACGCGGAGGCUCGGAAGAGGGAUAUGCAAGGUCCAGUAUGAUACGGAUUAAGGGGGGCAUGUAUAUAUGUAUAAGUAUGGGGUUGUAUUUAUACGAAGUAACGCAUAAUGAGGGCGUUGGGGUCAAGUCAUAAAGCAUUGUACAUAUCUCUUGAUUUACCUGCACAUCUAUCUUAUUUGCAUUCAGGUGAAGCCUCGAGUCCUUAUAUUAUAA